AUUCAACCGCCAAAGCACCCGGCGACAUUAGUACCGUCGUUCGUUAUCUUCGUCCCUCUACCGCCCCUCCCCUUGGAUACAAAGUCAAAGUGCACGGUGCCCACUGGUGAUUACCGGGUAAGCAACAGCCGCAGCCAUGGAUAUCCUGCCGAGUGGUAACAUAUUCCGGGAGCUCCAGGACAUACACGACACCGGCUACUUCUCGGCCCAGCCGUCGCUCGAGGAUCAUUGGCAACAGACUUGCUACGAGAUGGAAAGGUACCUGAAGGAUGAGCCAAAAUUACAAUCCUACAAAAAGCUGCCCACGGAGUUGGAUACAGCACCGUGGAAUUUAUUCAGGGCUCCACAGAUCUGGACUGCCACUACUGGCGCGACAACAACACAAUUCGAGCCCUCGAUCAAAAUGGAGGUGACGACGUCGACGGACGAGAGGGAUCCGCUUUGUUUGGAAGACAUAAAGCUGAGUCCCGGUGAUCACAGUCACAAUGGCCGCGACAGGGAUCUACUCGACCGACACCUGGACUCGCUGUCCAUGUCGUCGGCCAGUUCCGCGUGUUCCGCUCUCUCCUGGGACGGUUCGCCCUCUUUGUCCUGCAGAGCACUCAUUCUCAAGAAGGAGCCGAGUGAGGAUCUUGAGGAGGACGAGGAACACGAGGAAAUCGAAGAGGAAGAGGAUAGCGGUUGCGAGGGCGAGGGUCAAAUUCUGACGCCACCUUCCAGUCCAGAAUCUGGACAAGGCCAUUCGAAUUCGAGUCACUCGUCGACCGGCAGUUCGAUGCUCGAUGUACAGAAUCUCAACCUUCACGGGACAAACGGCAGAAGCGCGAUUGUCAGGGUCACCACCACGAACGCGCAGACUGUCGCGAGAUUGAUCUCAGUGGCCACGAAUGGCUUCCCGCCCGUGAGCAGCGCGACGCAACAUGUGCACACCGCGACAGCGACGGUCGUCGCUGCGAGCCACGUGACCAUGAGUAACAGGCAUCACGCGAGGAGUCACGAGCAUAGUCCACCGGACACGAAGCGCAGGAUACACAAAUGCCAGUUCCCUGGCUGCAAGAAAGUAUAUACCAAGAGCUCGCAUCUCAAGGCUCAUCAGAGAACGCACACAGGAGAAAAGCCGUACAAGUGCAGCUGGGAAGGCUGCGAGUGGCGAUUCGCUCGCUCGGAUGAACUGACGCGCCACUAUCGCAAGCAUACCGGUGCCAAGCCGUUCAAGUGUCGGCACUGCGACCGCUGCUUCUCGCGCAGCGAUCAUCUCGCCCUUCACAUGAAGAGACACGUCUAAUGCCGUGACGGACGCGAGCAGCGCCGAGCAGAAGCAGCAACACGAGCAGGAGGGACAGAAGGACGAGGAGAAGGAAGCGGCGGUGGGGCAGGAGGAGGUGGAGAUGUAG